AUGGGCAACACCCCUUUACAAAAUUCUCAAAUAAGAGAAUAACAUAAAGAAUGUGAAUCUCAAGAAUAUGAAAAAAUAAUCAAUCUUUAAAAGUAGUUGGCUCAGGAUGGAGAUAAUAAAAAAUACAUUUUGGGAAUAGAAAGCUAUACACGUAUGAAAAAUAAUUAUGUAAUCAAUUAUAAUGGUAGUAAAGAUUCGAUUUCCUUAUUCGAAUAUCUUCGAUAAUUAAACCAAUAAGUUGAUAGAGAAAAAAUAGAUAUUAAGUUUAAGCUCUUUUAUUAACUACUUAAAAUAGCGGAAUUUUUAUAAGAAAAGGAAAUUAUUCAUAAUAAUAUUAAACCAACUAAUAUCAUUUUUAAUAAUAAUUAACUAUACCUCACAGAUUUUGGAUAUCUUAAAUCUGAACAAUCUCCUACUAAAUUUUCAGAUGAUUAGAAUCUUAAGAAAACUUUACUUAAAGAUCAAAGAAGAUAUAUUUAUCCUUAUUAUAAUACGGAAACAUUAUAGAACAUAAUUCAAAACAAAAUAAGAUAAGAGGAAGAUGUGAAAAAAAAAGAUCAAUAUGCAUUAACAGUUAUGAUGCUUGAAAUUUUUUGUCCUUUUGAUGAGAAAAUUGAUUAUAAAUAGCAAAAAUGCAUAGAAUUGUCUACAAUGGAUAAUAGAAAAAAACAAAUUUAAAGCAUAAGUAAAUGUCAUAAUAAUAUUUUAACAAAGGAGGAGAUUUAAACCAUUUAAUAUAUAUUAGAAAAUAGGUUAUAAUAUUAGUUAAAUUCAUUUUCAAAUGAAUUGAUCUCUGAAUAUGAAAUAAAAAAAGAACAAUUUAUAAGUUAAAAAAUUAUUGAUUAGUAUUUAAAGCUUAUUGAAAAUGAAGAAACUGAAUUUGACAUGAAAAUUUUAUAUUUAUUUUCAGAAGAUGAAUUGAAACACAAAUUAAAUUUAAUUUAAAAAUAAUAAAAUAUUGAUAACGGACAAUUUUUAUAAAAAUUUAAGGACCAAAGAACAUAAUUAAAUGACAUUAAAAAAAAAAUAAAAAAUAUUGAACUACAAAAUUUAUUUGAUUAAAAUAAUCAAUCAAUAGAUAAUUAAAUAUCUCCUGAAAUUAUUUUGCGAGAAUUCUUCGUACUAUUAUAAUUGGAUCAAUAAAUAUAAGAGCUAAAAAUAAAUGAUGCUUAAAUAAUUAAUAAAUUAAAAUUAGUAUCAUUGUGUGAUUUUAAAAAAAAAUAAUAAUUUUAAUAUGUUAAAUUUAAGAACUUAUUAAAAGAUUAAUUGCCAUUUGAUAAAUUAUUUUAAGUUAAAUAAACUUUAAAUAAUAAUUAAGAUUAGAGUUGUUAAAAUUAAACUGAAGAAAAUAAAUUUCAAGAACAGAAAACUAUGGAAUACCUUUAUACUUUUAAGCUGAAAUAAAAUUAUUAGCAAGCUCCCUAGGAUCUAUUUGAUAAACUUCCAAAUAAUAUAUUGAAGGAUUACUUAAAGACAUUAUACAUUUAAAAUUUUCCUCUUAAUGAUAAAUUUCCUUCAAAAGUUUAUAUAAAGAAAGGGUAACCAAAUAAUUUAUAUAUUGGUUGGUUUAAUGAAAAAUAAUAAUUUCAAGGUUAAUUAAUAAAAGAAUAAGUUGUUCAAGAUAAUAAUUAAAUUUAAACAAAUUCUAGGUUCCAUAAAUUAAUCUCAUGUAUAAAAUCCAAAUAACCAUCCUAAAAUUAACAAAUUCUGAUUAAGCAUUAUUUUAAUAUUUAAAUUGAUAAUUUACAUAGUUCUAAUUCUGGAUAAAGUUCAUUAAUUAAUACUAUACCUUCAAGAAAAAGUAAAGUUUAAGAAAUUGAAGUCAUUAAAUUUCAAACCAAGAGAAAAAUUAGAGAAUAUUAUGGUAACAUUGAAAAAAAUGAAUAUCAUGGCUAAGGAUUGUUAUAAGAUUAUUAAGAUAAUUUAAUUUAUGAUGGAAAUUGGAAGAUAGGUGAAUUUGAGAAAGGAAGUUAAAUUAUUAGAGAAAAAGAUUUACAGAUAAUAAAUGAUCAUGUUGAAAUUAAAGGAACUUUUAGGAAUUGGCAACCUCAUGGUAAUAAUAUUAUGACAUAUAUUAACGAUGAACAUAUAUGUAUAGGAGAAUAUAAAAAUGGAAUUAUGGUAGGAUAGCAUGAUCAUUAUAAAAAAGAAAAAAAGGAUAAAUGGAUAAAUUAUUAAAAAGCUGAUGAAAAAGAUGAUGAUUUAAAAAUUUGGAAAAAUAAUAAUAAAAAAUACUAUAGCGUUUCUAAAAGGUUUACUAUUUUUGAUAAUAUUUUCUGA